UUCAAAAUAUAUAACCCGCGAUCAUCUGUAUUCUUUCUACAAAACCAUUAACGGUAUCCAAUUUUUAUCAGCGCCGUUACCAAGAGACAAAGGUCACUAAGAAGCCAUUAAAGCCAUUAACGAUAUUGCUUGAUCAUACUCAGACGUCGCACAGUCAUCGAAGAUCACGAGAUCACUUUUACGAUAAAAAGAAAACGACGCAUCGCUGUACAAACGAGAGACAACUGGUGCAACUGGAAAGCCAGAUGCGCACCAUUCACAUGGUAGGAUCUACGCAAGUAUUGACACACAGAGACAGACACGCACGUAUAUAUAGCCAUCACGGUCGAUCUUUCAGCUUUAUGCGCGACACGGAAGAGAAGCGUGGAGAAGCGUGCUGCGAAGAAGAGUGCGUGUAUACGUGCGUGUAUCAGCUCUCAUCCGCGAGCGAGAUUUCCGUAAUUCGGGGCGAUAAUAACGGAGUGUAUUAUCGCGGAUUGGCGACCGCGAGCCCGACCGACUACCGCACGUCUCGGAUUGCGAGUCACGAGUUUCGCUCGGCGUGUGGGCACACACGCACCGUCACGAAUCUCUUGCGUCUCCCUCUGCUCCGCACGCUUCGGAAAGGACGCGACGAGGAUACCGCACGACGUGCUCCGACGACCGCAGUGCCGUAUUGUACACGUCUACGAUUGGAGAAGUUACUUGGAAUCGCCACGGGAAACGUGUAAUUGGGCCAAAUGGAUCGAGCAAGAGGACGAGCCUCGACGGGUAAUCGUCGUUCCAGAAAGCUGGGCGUUUGCGUGAGCGUCGUUGCACUCGGGAUCUUCAUCGCUUGCACGAUGCUAGCGUACGCAGCGUUCGCGUCUCCGGCUACCGAACGUGACACGUUGCGGCAGGUGGUUUUUGUGAGUAUCUCGUUUCGGGAAUAAUCGGGCACGGCGAGCGUUAUCAAUCUCACGACGCACUUUCAGAAAGGAAUGCUUCAACUGUAUAACGUGGGUCAGUGGAUACGCUUAAAAUACGGCGGUAUAAUCGGUCGUAAAUUCGAGAGCACAGCCACGCUGGUGCGUAGCAGCUACGCGGAUCGGUGCGUCAUGUCGGCGCAGGCAUUACUCGCCGGAUUGUUCGUGCCGAGUACCGAGGACAUGUUCGUGCCCGGUUUGGCAUGGACCCCCGUUCCUGUACACUCGAUACCACGAAGUUUGGACAAGCUGAUAACGGUGAAGGCGCCAUGCCCGAGAUUGGAGGAAGCUCUAAAACAGGCAUAUAUAGACGAGGCAAAUAAAUCGGGCGAAAAAAUGGCCGAUUAUUAUAAGGAACUAACGGAGCUCACCGGAAAGAAUAUGAGCACGAUCACCGACGUCGAGUUUCUUUAUAACACUCUCGAGAUCGAGGAGCAACACGGUUUGCAGCUUCCAGCGUGGACGAAAAAGUUUUACAACAACGAGAUGCGCGAGAUAGCCGCUCGUAGCUUGGCUAUCUUUACCGAGGGCACUAUUCAAAAACGUCUUCGUGGAGGUCCGCUGCUGAAAGAGAUUUUACAGUAUAUGGAAGAGAAUAGAAACGGUCCCAAACCAAAACGAUCUUAUUUUUAUUCUGCUCACGACAUAACUAUCGUCAACGUACUGAGGACAAUGGGAUUUACGAACGAACUUUUUAAACCAGAUUACGGAGCGACGCUGAUAUUGGAGCUACAUCUCGUCAAUAAUGGAGCCGACCAAGAAGUGAAGGCGCUGUAUUUGAAUAAUACGAGAACGGAAAAUGCGCACUCUUUGGAAAUUCCUAACUGCGCGAGUCCUUGCCUAUUGCAAAACCUGAAGCAAGCAUGGCACGAAGUGAUUCCGAACGAUUGGGACGCAGAAUGUAAAAUGUAAAACCCGCUGAAUUUUGUAUAAUUGUACUUAAUUGAAAUUCAUUAUUACGCUCAUGUGUGUGUGUGUUUUUACAUCAUUGUUAUGUUUUAAAUCAUUGCUACGUUUGUAAAGCGAAACAAAAGAUGUAAAAUAUUAAUGCAUUUAAUGCGUGAUACUUAAAUUAAUUUAAGUAUAUAGGAACAGUUAUUUAAUACUCAUAAUUAUUAUUCACAUAAUUGUUAAUAGAUAUUAGCAAAUCAACUGUGCCGUCUAAUGAACUGUUAAUAGAUAUUAGCAAUUAACUGUACUGUCUAAUGAACUGUAGAUUUAUGCAUCUAUAAUAUUAUCAUAAAGUUAUAUAUAGGCAUUAAAAUGAUAAAAUGGGAAGAAAAAGCAUUUUAUUUUCGCGACUACAAUAAUGUAAAAAAUUUUAUUGCACUUACCAACGUUGAUCCUCUAGUGAAACAAAAUAUUCGAAUACGUACUCCGUUUUUCGUCUACAUGCGUCAUGCGUACUCGAAGAAUCCAUCGAUAGGUGAAGCGUCUGCUGUGCAAAUUCUGUAAAAAUACCAUUUUUAUUUUAAACCUAAGCAAGUUUAAUUAAAAAAUUGCUAGUUUAAUAAA